AAAUUAUUUGGAAAGUUUAACGCAAGCUUUGUUGCCAACCACGUUUUUGCAAUAAAUAUAUUUGGAAAACCCCGUACAAUUAUUAAAGUAUAUCGGUAUACAAAGGUUAACGGUAUAGUUUUAAUAUGCUUAACAACCAAAAUAACGGCCAUAAAAUACCGUACGCUCCGUAUAAUUAUUUUUAAAAAAGGGCAAAUAAAUAGGGUUUUAAUUAUUACUUUAUUAAAAAUCGAUAAUUUCCCGCAACGGGAGCGCGUUGCGAAUACCCAUAUAAAGCGAAAAAAAGGUAAUAUUUAUUUCGGGGGCAGGUUUAUUGGAAUCGAAAGCGUUGCGGCGGCGUUCGUUGCGCGCUUUACGCUUUUUUUCGGCGAAAGUUUUUUUGCCGCGGCGGUUAAAGCCCGCCGGGGGGUUACCGGCAAAACGCUUGCGAAAGUUUUAAAAGGUUGCAAGCGCAAAAGGGCCCGAUAA